UUUUGAUCAUUCUUAAUGAUCAAGAGUCUUCAAUUUUUUUUAUUGCCAGCAAUAACUCCCUUGGUGUGGUCUGUUGAUACAGGCACACUCAGUUUUUAUAACAUUCCUACUUGGCUUGAUCAGGACCAGGCUGCAUCAGGUGGUGGUGGACGAACGGACUUCGGAUUUCUUUCUACGGCAGCCGAGGUCAACUGUAGGUCUAUUUGCUUGAUUAUUCUACCACAUGGAGCUCUUAUGUAUAGUCGAGCUGCAGGUCUGUAUGUAAUAAACCUGUUUACAGGUCCAUCGGAUCUUUCAGAGUCUUGUAGCAACAAAUCGGACAGUACUCCUUUGCACCUGUUAUCAUGUCUGCCCUCAUCCCUUUUUCCCAAGCCACCAAGGUGGAGAGACUCGACUCCCACACAUACAAAACUAACCUGCUGGACUCCUAUUGCAUUGGAACCGUCCCCAAUGGCGGGUAUUCCGCUUCAUGCCUGUUGGAGGCAGCCCGUUUGCAUUUGGCAUCAAAACACCAAAAAGAUGCCAUGACGUCGCAUUUCCAAUUUCUCAAUCGAACCGAAGUUGGCCCUGCUAUCAUCAUCAUUUCGGAAACCAAGCCAGGAAGACAGUUCUCGAUGCUUCAUCUGACACUUUACCAACGAGGACUACUCGACCAAGCGCCCUGGAUUACCAAGGGAACGUCCCGGGCCGAGAUCACGGCCUAUCUGACCAUGACGGAUCUCUCCAGAGAGCAAGGACUCACACUGCCCACUUUGCAGGAUGACAACUGGCGGGAGCUCAACCUUGGAGCUUCCGGAGCGUUUGGCACAUACGCACGGGUUUUGGACAACUGCCAUUUUUACUUUCCAAAGUGGGGACAGGAGCACCCGACUGUAAUCGACCUGUGGAUGCGAUUCAAGAUCCCGUCAGAAGGGUUCACAAACUCCUCCCUCGGGCUCGUCAGUGAUGCUUUCCCCUACGUCGUCGAAGCGUUUCGGCCCCCUCCAGGCGGCGAAACUGAUAAGCCAUUCAAAGCGACCGAGAUGUUCUGGUAUCCGACGAUCGUGAUGAGUCUGGAACUGAAACGUUCGCUGCCCGAGGAAAAGGGGGUUGAGUGGCUCAGGUUGAGGAUGCAAAGCAAAGAGAUCAGAAACGGAAGACUGGACCUAGAAGUGGUGAUUAGGGACGAAAAGGAUGAGUUGAUCGGGGUCAGCAACCAGGUCAAUUUGAUCCUGGGCAGCGAAAGAAACACCGGAGGCCGGGAGAUUGGGAAGAUCUGA